UUUCAUUGAUCAUUACCAGCCUGGCUCUGACACUCUGGACUGAUCAUGGAGCAAGGAAAGCAGCUGACAGGGACAUUGGCCCUGGCUGUGUUUGCAGCAGCUCUGGGGUCCCUGCAGUAUGGCUACAGUCUCGGAGUCAUCAACGCUCCUCAGAAGAUCAUUGAAAGGCAUUAUGGACGGUCACUGGGGGUAUGGACAGAGAGGUCCGCUGUCCUGGCAGAAAACACCACAGAAGAAGAAGAGUUCAAAGACGCCGGAGAACACCCUGAUGUAAUCAUAUAUUGGUCUUUGUCGGUGGCAAUCUUCUCUAUCGGCGGCAUGAUAUCCUCCUUCCUGGUAGGAUUUGUGGGAGACCUGAGAGGGAGGGUAAAGGGCAUGUUAAUGGUCAAUGUUCUGGCUGUAGCUGCUGGACUGCUCAUGGGUCUUUGCAGGAUGUGGAAGCCACACAUCAUGGUCAUCAUGGGCCGUGCUGUUAUGGGCUUUUACUGUGGGUUAACGUCAGGCCUUGUGCCUAUGUACAUUGGAGAGAUUGCACCCAAGGCUUACAGAGGGGCUCUGGGGACAUUACACCAGCUGGCUAUUGUCACUGGCAUCCUUAUCAGCCAGGUAAUAGGCCUGGACUUUAUAUUAGGAAAUGACGAUAUGUGGCCCCUGUUGCUUGGUCUGUCUGGAGCUCCGGCAGUAUUACAGUCUUUUCUACUGCCUCUGUGCCCUGAGAGCCCACGGUACCUUUACAUUUUACUGGGACAGGAGCAAGAGGCUCGAAAAAGUUUACAUCGUCUAAAGGGGGCGUAUGAUCCAACUCCUGAUCUGGAAGAGAUGAAGAGAGAGAAAGAGGAGGCAGACAAGGAGCCCAGGGUCUCUAUCCUUUCUUUGAUCCGCUCCUCCGUGUACAGACAGCAGCUGUUUGUUGCCCUCAUGAUGCACCUCUCCCAGCAGUUCUCUGGCAUCAAUGCGAUCUUUUAUUACUCUACGGCAAUCUUCACUCUGGCUGGUGUCAGUCAGCCAGUGUACGCCACAAUAGGAGUCGGGGUCAUCAACACAUUCUUCACUAUGGUGUCUGUUGCACUGGUGGACAAGGCUGGCAGGCGAACGCUGACCCUGGUUGGUCUGGGAGGGAUGUGCUGCUGUGCAGUUGCCAUGACUGUGGGCCUAAAAUUGCAGAAUGAAUACUCAUGGAUGAGCUACGUCAGCAUGUCAUCCAUAUUCCUUUUCGUGAGUUUCUUUGAAAUUGGUCCGGGUCCGAUUCCAUGGUUCAUAGUUGCUGAAAUAUUCAGUCAAGGACCCCGGCCUGCGGCCAUCGCUCUAGCUGGCUGCUGCAACUGGACCAGCAACUUCAUAGUCGGCAUGACCUUCCCAUACAUACAGGCUUUGUUGGGAUCUUACGUGUUCAUCCUUUUUGCUGGGCUGCUUCUCGUUUUCACUGUGUUUACUUAUCUUCGGGUCCCGGAGACCAAGGGCAAAACCUUUGAGGAGAUUGCAGCUGUCUUUCAAAAGGGCCGGAAAAAGUCGGCACAGAGCCCCAAAGAUGCCACUGAACUGCAGCAACUGAGAACAUCCACAGAUGCUUGAAACAACAGCUUUGUAUUUGUGUGGUCUAUGCGUGUGUGCAUGUGUGAGGGCAUAUCUGUUUGUCAGUAUUUCAAAUGCAUUCAAAAGUGUUAUGUACAUUUAGCAUUGCUGUCUCAUAAUAACUACUUGCUGAAUUUUUUACACUAGAUGACAUUGUUUUCAUAAUGUAAAUAAGACAGCUACACGAAAACAGGCUGUGGCUCACAAUGUCAUGUGUCCGUUAUAUGGAGUGGAGUUUACAUUUAGUCCAAAUGUAUUGCAGUAUUGUGAUAGUUAAAGUGGCUAUAAUCAAUACUGGAUUACAGAACUAUUGUGAAUGUGAAAGGGGUUGCUUGUAUUGUCGAACCUACAGAGAAUCAUGACCAGACUGCAGUUCCCCAAGGCUCUGUUGAGCUUUAUUGCAUCUUUUAUUGAUGUGGUUUUCAGGAUUUGGUGUUUUGGUUUACUUCCACUGCUCCAAUAGCUCUGUUUCUGGCCACAGAAGGCACAGUGGAUGUUGAAUGAACUGCUAACAAAUGACAAAAGACAAAUCUUGGGCAUUGUGUCUUAAACAGCUAGAUCUUUGGAAUUAGUGCCACAGGAAAUGUAACAGUAUUUAUACUUGCAGAACUCUAAAGCGAAGUACUCCUUCAAUAUUGCUGAAAGUGUCCAUUAUAUUUUAAUAUUUGUUUACCACAUAAAUAUAUUACUUAUCUGUAGAAGUACUCCAAUAAUUUGUGCUGCAACAUAAUAAUAAACAUGCCUUUACUUAAAAAAAUGU